GUGGAAUUACCCAUUUGCGAAAAAUUUAUCGAAAGUUUUUGGAAUUUUUCUUUUUGUGUUUUAAAUAUUAAUUGAGGAAAAAUGCGAUAUGAUAAAGCUAGAUGAAGCAUUAAAGGCACCAAUAAAACCAGAAGAUUUAAAAGAUAUAAUCGAAAGUGAUAAUAUUGAGAAGAAAUUUGUCUUGGCGAUACAAAUCAUAUUUUCAACAGACAAAGCGGAAUUUGGCUGGAACUUAUUGAAUUCGCUGGAUGUUACAUCGAUUGUUGAUGAAAACUUCUUAUUGGAUCUAUUUAUUAACAAGAAUUCAUCCACAGAAAUUGUGAAAUUUAUCAACUUUAUUGUACGAAUCCUUAAAUCACCAAACAUGGCUAUUCAAAAGCAUCUUGAAACGUACUCACCCCAAAAGCCACAGGAAAAUGGAACAUUUAAUAUUGAUAAAAUUUUGGAGAUUCUUGAAUUGUUUGAACAGAAGCAAGUCACGAUUCCAACGGAACGUCAACUUGAUAUCUGUCUUAUUUUCAUUAAGGAAAUAUCCAGGAUUCAACUGCCAAGAGAAGCAAAUGAUAUCAAGUUGUUUCAAGCUCACACUUUAAAGAUUGCUGAAUAUUUCCGAAAAGUCUCGAUCCAAAAUGAAGAUCGUCUACAAUUGCUUAAAUUCCUAUACUCGGAAUUGACUAAAUCAGGUUCUGCAACUCCAACGCCUUUAAUGGCACUCGGAUUUUUAGUUUUUCCUGAUUCCAUGAUUACACAAGCGAUUGAAUUCUUCUUCAAAACCCUUAAAUGGAAUGUUAGAAAGACUGAACAAUCAAUUAUCACUUCGAUCAAGACAUUAAUCUCAUGGUUGAGGACAUCUAUGCCAGUUCCUUUAGAUUUAUGGAUUGUCAAGACAAUUUCAGUUUUAAGCAGUAACGGAUUUAAUGAUCUUGUUGAUGCAAUUGCACGGGAAAAUAUUAAGGAAGCAACUCUUACUUUAUUAUUUCCCGUUUUUCAAACCAAAACAUUUCCAGUGAUUCAGGCAAUCUUUGAGUAUGCCAGAAACACAAAAGAGCUCUUGGACAUCAUCUUGCCAAGGACGUUGAAUCUACUCAAAAAUAUGGAAGUAAAUAAAUCGGAAGCAUAUGAUGCAUUCGUCGAGUUAAUUUGUGACACAUUAGGAAAUAUUGACCACAACGAUGAAAAAUACAAAGAACUUAUUGACUUCUUAGCAUCCAAGAAUCGAUCACCAUCGAAAGUCAGCGCCAAGAAGCUGAUUGGACCAACAAGUUUGAAAUUUCUGAGCAAUAAUGCGAGAGUUGGACUUGAAAAUUUGGGCAAUACAUGCUAUUUGAAUUCCGUUCUACAGGCAUUGUUCAUGACAAAGCAAUUUUGUCGAGAGAUUUUGACUACACAAAGAUCUGAUCGCACGUUGAUUGCACUUCAGAAGCUUUUUGCCUUAAUGCUAUUCUCGCCAAGGCCUGAACAGAAUCCCCAGUUUGUGGUCAAUUUGAUAAGGCCUGAUGAUUUUUUGCCUGGCAUUCAGCAUGACAGUAGUGAAUUUCUUGGUUCGAUUCUCGAUCGUUUGCAUGAAUUAGAAAAGAAAAUGAUAAAAGAAGAAGGAGACUGGGACAAUGAUGAAAAUUUUAAGAAUGCAUCACUGGUUAAAAAGGAUACAGAUGUUGAAGAAGUGCCAAUGGAUAUAGAACUAGAAUUAAAUAAUAAAGGUGAUAAGAUGGAUGAACCAAAGGAUAAAAUUGUCGAUAAUACUUCCAAUUUAUGUCAAACAUAUAUUCAAAAGAUUUUUGGUGGCAAAAUAAGCACACGAUAUUUGUGUUCAACAUGUAAUGGAAAUAGCAUGAACAUCGAUUCUUUUCGAGAUCUACAGCUGUCGUUUCCCGAAAAACAGACAGAAAACGAAGCUUGCGAAGUGCAAUACAAUGUACAACAAUUAUUGGAAUUUUAUUUCUCGACCGAGGAACUAACAUUAGUUGGAGAUAAUCAAUAUCACUGCGAUAACUGCAAGAUUUUAUGCAACGGGAUGCGAUGCACAGAGAUUUUGGAACCACCGAGAAACUUAAUUUUAACUUUGAAGCAUUUCCGCUAUGACUCUAGGCAUCACAUAAGGUCAAAACUUUUAUACAAGGUCUUUCAUGACGAAGUCAUUUCAGUAAAUGUGAAAGGAAAUUACAGCACAAGAAAUGUAGACUACAAACUUUAUGCUGCAGUCAUACAUAGUGGAACAUCACUGGAUAGUGGACAUUAUUAUACAAUUGCACGCGAAAGUGAAAAUAAAUGGUUUAAAUUUAACGAUAGCUAUGUCACAAAAAGUUCUCUAGAUGAACUUAGAAGUCUAAUUUCACCAAACACCCCAUACAUUCUAUUCUACCAGCGAUUGUCAACAGCUUCGUCCACCGUAGUUCAUCCUGAAAGUGCCAGUACAUCGACAAGUUCAAUGUUACCAAAUCAGAUUAAUGACCAGAACUUUCCCGAAUAUCAUGAAUUGCCGAACUACUUGAAAGAUCUUAUUGACGAGGACAAGACAAAAUUCGAGUCAGAAACGAUGCUCGAGCAGAACAGUAAAACGACAUACAGAGUUCCCGUACGAGACAAUUUUGACGAUAACAAUGAUCCUGGCAGUGGUUCAUUCAGCAUUAACGAUAGCUUUGCUCAUAAUAGAUUUAUUUAUUAAAUGGAGAUCAUCAUACUAUACUGCACAUUGGAUAUGCUUCACGUACUUAUAGCUGACUAUUUUCCUUACGAAUGAAUUAAUUUUUUU